UUUCCUUUCUGAAACUUCUCCUUGGAAAGUUGGGCUGCUUGUCCCCCCAUGAUUCAAAGUCUUUCUCUGAGGUACUGCUAGCACGCGUGACUGCUAUCAUUUCCUUUGGGAAAUGUAAAAAGUGCCAAGAAAAUGGAAUACUAAUGCCGCGUAAAAGAAAAGCCAAAGUGGUUUACUUCGCUGUUUAGCUCUUUCACGAACGACAUCCUCUCCUGGAAUCGUACACACCAGAAGUAACUCAGCUCAGCAGAUGGCGUUAGUGACGAUGAAGAGAAAGAGGGACUCGGACACAGCAACAUCUUCCUCUACGGGUGGAGGUAGUGAGUCACUGGGAGCUGAAUUUGACGUGUUCUUGAAUUUCAGAGGGCCGGACACUCGCCUCAGCUUUACCGAUCACCUCUAUCACUCCCUGGAUGGAGCUGGGAUUCGCGUCUUCUUAGACGAUGCAGAGAUCCGAAAAGGUGAAAAGAUUGGGGGCGAGCUUCUACAUGCGAUCAACGUCUCCAGAAUUUACGUGCCCAUCUUCUCCAGAGACUAUGCAUCUAGUGCAUGGUGUCUUCGCGAGCUUGCCCACGUGGUGGAAUGUUCGAGAAGAUCGAUGGACAAAGUGAUUCUUCCCAUCUUCUUCGAUGUCGAUCCUGACGAUGUUAAGCUCAGAACUGGAUUAUAUGAUGAUGCCUUGAAAAGGCAUGAGGACAGGUUCAGCUCCGAUCAAGUGCAACAGUGGAAGGAGGCUCUAACAGUGGUCGCUUCUAUCAAUGGAUGGCACUGCAGAGAUAGAGGCCAAGGGGAACUUAUAAAACUUCUUACCGAUGAGGUUUCAAGGAAACUGUCAAGAGGAAUUCGAGUAGUGCCUGAUCAUUUAAUUGGAAUCGAUGAUCAUGUGCAAGCCGUGAUGGAUUUAUUAGGCAAAGACUCUCUCGAUGUACGGUUUGUCAUAAUACAUGGAAUGAGCGGAGUCGGUAAGACAACUCUUGCCAAAGUUGUUUUUAACCAAAUCACUUCUCAGUUUCAAGGUUGCAGCUUCUUGUCAGACGUUCGAGAAUUUGCACAGCAGGGUAAAAUUGUGAAAUUGCAAAACAGAUUAUUGUCUGACAUCCUCAAGUCUCAAUCCAUAAAGGUUCGUGAUACUGACUUUGGGAUCAACAUGAUUAGAGAAAGAUGUCGCCACAAAAAAGUUUUGAUUGUUCUUGAUAAUUUGGAUAAAAGGAACCAGCUUGUGAAGCUAGCAGAAAAAUGUGAUUGGUUCGGCCCGGGAAGUAGAAUUAUUGUGACAACUAGGGACAUUGGUUUUUUGAAAAUUAACAAGAAUAAUGCCUCAAUACAUCCUAAAGUGUAUCACUUCUACGAAAUGGAGGAGAUGCAUGAGUUUUUUGCCAUUCGACUUUUCAAUAGAUAUGCAUUUGAGAGCGAUACUCCUCCACUUGAAUAUGAUAGAAUAACAAGAGAAAUUGUGAAAAUCACCGGUGGACUUCCACUGGCCCUUGUGGUUAUCGGAUCCUCACUUUGCUGUGAGAGCAAAGAAGUAUGGGAUGAUGUAUUAGCCAAGUUGAAGAAAAUGCCACACAAAGACGUUCGGGAAAUAUUGAAGGUAAGUUAUGACAUGCUGGAAUAUGAGCAGAAAGAAAUUUUCCUUGACAUUGCAUGUCACAUGGCUGGUGAAAACAGAAGCGAUGCAAUUUCUAUGUGGAGAGCUUGUGAUUUUUUUCCCUACGAAGCCAUCUCAGUUCUUGUAAAAAUGUCUCUGAUAAAAAUUAUGGAUGACGACAUUUGGAUGCAUGAUCAACUCAGAGAUUUAGGGAGGGAACUUGUUCGCAAGGAGAGUAUCCAACAUCCUGGAGAGCGUAGUAGAAUAUGGAGUUCCACCGUAGCCAUGGAUGUUAUACAAAGAAACGAGGGAACAAAAAAUAUAGUGGCACUCAAUCUAGGGGGACAAUCUCAAGUAUGCAAUAUUACACGUGAAGACAUUUUAGGGCUGGUAAAGUUAAGGUUCCUUGAAUUCGAUGGAGGAAACUUUGUUGGGGACUUCCAAAAUCUCCUUUCGGAGCUAAGAUGGCUCUCUUGGCAAAAUUGUCCGUCAGAGUUUCAAGCUACUAACUUCUCUCCAAGCAAUUUGGUUGUCCUCAAAAUUUCAGAAUCUGAUGUGACAACUGAUUGGGGUGGAUGGAGCCAGAUCAUGGGAAAUUGUAGGUUAAAAGUCCUGCAUCUUGUGAGUUGUAGAAGGUUGAUCAAGACGCCUGACUUCUCUACGUGCUUGACUUUGGAGAGACUCGUUGUGAAGGAUUGUGGAAGGCUGGUUGAAAUUGACCCAUCCAUUUGUAUGCUGCUGCAUUUGAAGCACUUGGAAAUUAAUGGGUGUAAUGGUUUGAAGAUACUUCAAGGAGCUCCAACCACGCUUGAACUAGGCACGGUACGUCAGUCAUGGCUAGACUCAUUGGGUUGUCUAAAGUGUCUGUCGACACUAAGGAUGGAAGAGUUGGAACUACUUGAACUUCCGGAUUCAAUAGGAGAGAUACCUGGUCUUCAAGAGUUGUCUUUGAGUGAUUCAUCUGUGGAGAAACUUCCGAAGUCAAUUGGGAAACUGAAAUCUCUAGUCGAGUUGAAUCUAUCUCGCACGAAUGUUAUAGAGCUGCCGGAUUCGAUUGGAGAGCUUAAGAGAUUGGAGGUAUUACUCAUGGAAAGCUGUAAUUUGAGAAAGCUACCUAAGGCAAUAGGGAUGUUGGAGAAGCUUGAAUAUUUAGAAGCUAGCAAUUGCAAAUUUUUGGAGGGAGAAAUUCCAAUGGACAUUGGGGCACUAUCAUCUUUGAAAAUCCUAAACUUAGAACAUACCCGUAUUUCUGAAGUGCCACCAACUAUUAGUCAGCUUUCUCAACUUCGUGAUUUGGGUUUGCGUGCUUGUCAUGAGCUUCAACAAUUGCCAGAGCUUCCUCCAAGUUUGGAAUCUUUGGAAAUUUCAUCUUCAGCUUUACAGAGGAUUCCGGAUCUGUCAAACUUGACCAACUUAGAAUAUCUGUAUUUAUCUGAUUGUGGUAAUAUGCCUCAUGCACCACCAAACGCAUGCCAAGCUCAAGAUUUGCAGUGGGUUGGGAGGUUAACUAAGUUGACGUCUUUGAGAUUGGACCUUCUAGGCAUGACCCUGUUGCCUGCUGACUUUAGCACCCUGACCGAACUCCAAAAUCUUGAAUUACCAGGCUCCACCUUUCAAUCUCUCGAGUCGAUUCCACCUAAUAUUGAGGGGUUGAGGUUCUUUGAUCUUGAGUCCACAGAUGGAUGGUCAUGCCUUCGCACCUUCAAAUAUUUGUCCAAAAUAGAAGUAUGCAGGUCAUACUUGACUGAAAUUCCACUGGAUGUGCUUGGACAGUUGGAGAACCUUCGCAAAUUGUAUAUAUUGGACUGCCAAUUCCUUGAGAGACUAUCUCACAUACAAAGCUUAAGAAAGCUAUGGUUUUUGGGGGUUACUAAUUGCCCGGGGUUAGUUGAGUUUCAAGGUCUUGAACAAUCAGAAUUGGUGGAGCAUAUAUCUAUUUGUGCCUGUCCAUCUUUAAAAGAGCUACCUAAUCUUUCUAGCUUGCAGAACCUGGAAACGCUGCAUUUAUCUCGUUGUGACUUGUUGGAAAGUUUGCCUGUUGUAGCGAAUACGGAAACAUGUCGUUUGACUGUUGUCUCAUGCAGGAUGCUGCCUCGCGUUAUAUGUCCCUUCUCAGCUUUUGGAUCAGGAAGGCUAUGAUGGGCAGCUUACAGUCCACAACCAGAAGUGGCGGUAUUUGAAUGCCUUGCUCAGAUUAAUCGUCAUCUUUUAUAUUUAUAGGUUGUGUAUACAUAACGUUCUUGCCCUUAUACUGAGAUUGAAAAGUAGCUACACCUAGCUGUUUUUUUAAUUCUUGUACGUAAGACGUGAUGACCCUCAACCGUUUCCCUGCUAGUUAUUUGGGUCAUUUGCCACCAAAAAUUUCUAAACCGCCUUGCGAAGGUUUCCACGUCCUCAGCAAUGAAGAAAUGAAAGAGCUCCUCCGCCUGUAAAGUUGGUGGCUGCCACAAUUACCUUGACGGACUUUGAA